GUUCUAUUUAUGGCGUCAUAAAAGAGAGGGAAGAGAGAAAAAAAAAAAGGAAGAGAUAAAAGAGAAAAGAAGGAAACCAACCAUAGCCUUCUUCAUUUCCUCCCCUCCACUUGCAGCCGCCGAUCACUUACCGUCAGCUAAGAUCUCUUCGCCGGCGACAUCGCCCCCGAGCAGCAGCGUCGGCGACGGAAUCGGACGACCAAUCCUGGCGCAUGAUCGACGUGUUUUUGCACCUUUUCUUGCUCUACGUUCCACGACGCAGCUAGCCUGCAACAUAACACUCACUUUGAGCAAUUUCUCCGCUUGAGACUCCAACGGGAAAAAUAAAUUGUGCAUCACCUUCUCGACGACUGGGUCCUUUGCAGCAACAUUUUUUAUUUGGGGGUAAGCUUUCGAUUGUUACCCACAAUUCGAUUGGUUCAAAUCAGUUUACCCCGUUAGAGGUUCAGAAAUGGAAGUUCGGACGUUUUCGGACACUAACAAAAUAGGAUUGGAGGCUUUUUGGCUUUCAAAAACUUGAUGUUUGUUCAAGGAAGUUGAUCUUGGGCUUGAGAAUUAUAGGAUCGUCGACCGAGGCAUGGUUCACUCACCCAUGGGAAUAUUUUUAGUGUUUACGAGACCAAUGUGUAAUGAUCAUUAAGAACUCCAUCUCAAAUCCUUUGAAAAUGGUUGUAUCCGGCGUUAUUCUUGAUCUGGAUGGCACACUUCUACAUACAGAUGGCAUAGUGAAUGACGUUCUAAAAUCCUUUUUGGGCAAGUAUGGAAAGCAAUGGGAUGGAAGAGAAGCCCUAAGAAUUUCUGGUAAGACACCAUACGAGUCUGCAGCUGUUAUUAUUGAAGAUUAUGGGCUUCCUUGCUCAUCAGCUGAAUUGAUGUCACAAAUUUCCCCUUUGUUUGCAGAGAGGUGGUGCAACAUUAAAGCACUACCAGGAGCCAACCGGUUGAUAAAACAUUUCAGUAGUCACAGAGUGCCAAUUGCAUUAGCUUCAAACUCGAGUAGGGAAAACAUAGAGUCCAAAAUUUCUUUUCAUCCGGGUUGGAAAGACUCGUUCUCCGUGAUAAUUGGUGGCGAUGAAGUUACAGCGGCCAAACCAUCUCCUGAAAUAUUCCUUGAAUCAGCCAAAAGGUUAAAUCUAGAACCCUCGAGCUGCCUUGUAAUUGAGGAUUCCGUUCCAGGUGUUGCAGCUGGAAAGGCUGCCGGGAUGAAGGUGGUUGCUGUACCAUCCCUUCCAAAAAAGUCUCAUCUCUACUCUUCCGCGGAUGAAGUGAUCAAUUCACUGCUUGACUUUCAGCCUCAGAAAUGGGGCCUGCCUCCAUUUGAAGAUUGGGUAGAGAACACCUUACCAAUUAAUCCUUGGUACAUUGGAGGUCCCGUAGUCAAGGGAUAUGGGCGUGGCUCAAAAGUACUUGGGAUUCCUACAGCGAAUUUAUCUACAGAAGGAUAUUCAGAUGUCCUUUCAGAACAUCCAUCAGGUGUUUAUUUCGGCUGGGCUGGUGUAUCAACAAGAGGCAUCUUUAAAAUGGUCAUGAGUAUUGGUUGGAAUCCAUUUUUUGACAAUGCCGAAAAGACUAUUGAACCAUGGCUACUCCAUGACUUUGAUGACGAUUUCUACGGCGAGGACUUGAGACUUGUUGUAGUCGGAUAUAUUCGACCAGAGGCCAACUUCCCUAGCCUUGAGAGCCUAAUAGCUAAGAUUCAAGAGGAUGGGAGAAUUGCAGAGAGAGCUCUUGAUCUUCCAUUGUACUCCAAGUAUAGGAACGAUCAAUACCUGAAGCAGCAUGAUGCUUAGAGAUGGCAUGCUUUAGUUAGGAGUAAAAUUCAUGCACCAAAUUAACAUUUUUCCCAACUAUACAAUUCUAUACACUUCUAUUACAAUUUUUUGUGGCUUAUUGUUUGUUAUUAAUGUACUAAUGAUAUAACUUAAAGAGAGACGGUACGUUCCUUAA